AUGGAGGAUACGCUUACUAAAGUUAUUCCAAGGCUUAUUGGCAUUCUGGAAAGAGAUGGCAGAAGCAUCAAGCCUUGCCUCAUCCAUGGCGAUCUCUGGGAGAGUAACAUCGGCACCGAUUCUACGAAUGGUAAUAUCUAUAUCUUUGAUGCUGCAGCAUAUUACGCGCAUAAUGAGAUGGAGAUUGGGAUAUGGAGAGUUGACCAUCACAAGAUGGUGGAAAAUGAAGCUUACCGACAAGAGUAUGCAGAACAGUUCAAGAAGAGCGAGCCGGCUGAUGAAUGGGAUGACCGGCUUAAAUUGUACGGGGUUAAGACCAAGCUCAUGUAUUCGGCAGGGGUUCCGAAUGGUGCAGAUGUUCGACAGAAAGCUUUGGAUGACCUUCAGGAUCUGAUUGAAAAGUAUGGCGGCGAGCAUACAGGCCUGACAAGAUCCUAG